AUGUUCUACUUUAUCACCGCUGUUUGCUUUGUUACUCUGGGGGUGACGGGAACGUCAGCAGCCGCUCUUGGUCCCUAUAAUGUCAACCCCAAUGCCAUCUCCGUCUCAGGUCUCUCUAGUGGGGGCUUCAUGGCGGCUCAGUUGGGAGUUGCCUACUCUGAUAUUUUUACCAAAGGCUUUGGGGUUUUCGCUGGAGGCCCGUACGACUGUGCUCGUAAUCAAUAUUAUACCUCUUGCAUGUACAACGCCAACCCAUCCAUCUCCACUCCAAUUUCGAACAUGAAAUCCUGGAGUGGAAGCCAGAUUGCAAAUGUGAACAUUCUUCAACAGCGAAGGGUAUUCAUGUGGGUUGGAUCAUCCGACACCACUGUUGGCCCAAACGUCAUGAAUCAGCUGCAAUCGCAGCUGACCAACUUUGUUGAUUCGGCAAAUAUCUCAUAUGUCAAAACAAGCGGCGCUGCCCACACCUUCCCUACAGACUUCAGUGGCUCCGGAGACAAUUCUUGCAGUUCUGCCUCCUCCCCUUAUAUCAGCAACUGCAACUAUGAUGGGGCCGGCGCAACUCUGCAAUGGCUGCAUGGGCCUCUGGCUGCUAAGAAUACGGGAACCUUGUCUGGAUCAAUUGUUUCGUUUGACCAGACCGGGAAUUUCGGCGCGAGUGGCAUGGACACUACGGGCUAUUUGUAUGUGCCUCAAAGCUGUCAGAGUGGUUCCACGGUUUGCUCGCUACACGUUGCCCUGCACGGAUGCCUACAGUAUUAUGGUACAAUCGGCUCCAAGUUCAUCGAGAACACCGGUUAUAACAAGUGGGCAGAUACCAACAACAUGAUCAUUUUGUUUCCCCAGGCGAAAGCGGAUAGUACAUCACACACUGUCUGGAACGGUGGUUCGUUACCAAACCCUAACGGCUGCUGGGAUUGGGUUGGGUGGUACGGAACCAACGCUGACCAGGUUGGGGGUGUGCAAAUGGCUGCCAUCGUCAGCCAAGUGAACAAGAUCGCCAGCGGCUAUGCAGGCGGAGGCGGUGGUGCUUCCUCAACCUCAACCACCCCUACUGCUGGUUCACAGACCACAACAUCAGCAACCAAAACAACAGCUACUACUAAUAUAUCCACGAGUACUGGCUCCCUCGCACCCUUGUACGGCCAAUGUGGUGGUAUAGGCUGGACUGGACCGACGGCUUGUGCGGCCGGAGUCUGCACGGCAUAUUCAUCAUACUACGCUCAAUGUUUGCCCAAGCUCGGUUAG